AUGAUCGCUACUAACUUUUCUUCUAUCUAUUGCGUCUAUAAGGAGAAAAUUGUUAAAAAAGACUCUUGGAAUGUUAAAGACGGGUUUAGACAAGACAAGACUAGACAAGACAGGACUAGACAAGACAGGACUAGACAAGGCAGGACUAGACAAGACAGGACUAGACAAGACAGGACAAGACAAGACAGGACUAGACAAGACAGGACUAGACAAGACAGGACUAGACAAGACAGGACUAGACAAGACAGGACUAGACAAGACAGGACUAGACAAGACAGGACUAGACAAGACAGGACUAGACAAGACAGGACUAGACAAGACAGGACUAGACAAGACAGGACUAGACAAGACAGGACUAGACAAGACAGGACUAGACAAGACAGGACUAGACAAGACAGGACUAGACAAGACAGGACUAGACAAGACAGGACUAGACAAGACAGGACUAGACAAGACAGGACUAGACAAGACAGGACUAGACAAGACAGGACUAGACAAGACAGGACUAGACAAGACAGGACUAGACAAGACAGGACUAGACAAGACAGGACUAGACAAGACAGGACUAGACAAGACAGGAAUGGACAAGACAGGACUAGACAAGACAGGACUAGACAAGACAGGAAUGGACAAGACAGGACUAGACAAGACAGGACUAGACAAGACAGGACUAGACAAGACAGGACUAAACACGACAUAAUAGCGUGUAACAGGCCUCCACCCCUCCUCCUUUCAUCUCCUUGCAUUGCCCCUGUUGAAUCAACCCCACAAGUUUCUCCCCCCGCCGCCCAGAAACUUGAAAAUGGUUCUGGUAUAAAUAUCAAAGUUUGCGCUAUCUACUCCAGUUAG